AGUAGGGGUAGCAAUGAAUAGUUCUUCUUCGCUUCGAAUCCUAUGACUGUAUCAACAAGUCUUCACAACUUAUAAAGAGCGAUUCCCUCAAAUGCACAUAGAACAACAUCUAGGAACAUCUCGCUUUUCCUUUCCGCUUUCAUCCCUAACAACAUAAAGACCAAUAAAAUAUGUACCUUCGGUCUUUCUUCGUUUUCUUCCUGCUGUCAUGUUCUCUGCCGAAUGUGAUAGUGUUCUGCCAAGGCGGUUCUCCAGGAGGUUCUCCAGGAAAAAUUUCGUCUUGCAACACUUCACUGCGUCCGGGCAAAGAAGAACGGAUUCUGAUAACCGGUGGCACCGGAAUGAUCGGAAGUCAACUCGUAAAGCAGUCCUUGGACACGUGCGUCUUCGGAUCAUCAAAGCGAGUCUUUGUGCUGGCAAGAUGGCGUUCUAACUUGAAGAACCUGAGUGGCUAUGUGCAUCGGAUCAAGCUGUUAAGGUUUUCUUUGAUCAUCUCCUGUUUUACCUGAAGAUUGUGGUACUCAACAGACUAUCUUUGUUCCCCAGGAGAUUGUCUAGAGGUUCGACAAUCAAAUUAUAUUUUGUUUCCUGCUUGAAUACUUCUAAUCCAAAUUUAUGGCGACGUGACAGACGCUUUCCACACACUGGAAAUAUUGCGGGAGACGAAGCCAGACUACAUCCUGCAUUUUGCGGCACAAGCGAUCAACGGCGUGUCCUUUCAAGCGGCGUCUCUGUCGCUGCACGUGAAUAUUCUUAUGAUGGAGUGGUACCUAAGUUGAGAAUUCAAGGAGAACUAUCGUGUAACCUUCUUCCUCAACAUCUUCGGCUGCCAUUCUACUUCUAACCUGCAAGGCACCCUGAACAUUCUAGAGGGCAUACGGGUGUUGCAGAAGGAUGACGUUCUUAGUAAGGACUUGCGGAUUCUAGUUGCCGGGUCCUCAGCGGAGUAUGGGGCAGCAGCUAUAGAGUGGGAAGGCACGCCUAUACCCGAAACUGCGAUGCUGAAACCGUUCACGCCGUAUGGGGUACUACCUAGUUUGGCUGAAAAUGUCGUAGGUAGUGGAUGUGGAACUAUGAUUAUGUGAUACGAGCCCAUGCGACAGGCUUAUCAGUUACUUCACAGUUGUUGGCGUGCACUUCCUGCAAUUAUAUGAAGUAGAGUCUAUACCUCCAUGAUGACGCUGUUGAAAUCCAAACCCUGAGGUUUCGAAAGUCGCACAAGAGAAUCUAGCGGUGAUGUACGCUUCGACGUAUGGCAUUAAGGCAACCGUAGCACGAAUUUUCAUCCAGAUGGCUGAGGGUGGAACUGAUCAGCUGAGUCUUCAGAACUUCGCCAAACAGAUAGCAGAAAUUGAGUCACGUGCAGAACGUGAAAAACAAGAAUGUACGAGUGCAACGGGCGAUAGCGGUCCCGCUGGACGCUGUAGUGCGGAAGUGGUCUCUUCCACUUCUGAUGCAGAAAUACCAGUAGAAGAUAAAAAGACUGACUACGUCUUACUGCAUGGGGAUCUGUCAACAUCUCGUGAUGUUACUGAUGUAGCAGAUUCGGCUAGGAUUUUCUUGGAAAUUUGCAAGCGAGGAACACCGGGUGAAGCAUACAAUUAAGGACAAUGACCUGAGCUUCCAAGCGUUUUUCCAUUUUCAUACUUUCAUAGAUUGUUCAAGAUAUAUUUUUUUGUUUAAAACGAUGUAACGACUUGGUCUUCUUCGGUUCAAAAUCAUUGCUCAAGAAAAGCAGAGAUCAUACGACAUUUCCUAUCUAUGACCAUAUGACUCCUCUAAUCCUCCGUCGGAUCCGGAGUAGGCUACACGAUACGCGACAUGCUGAACAUCUUGCUACGGUACACCACGGUCCCGAUCCGUUUGGAGUACGACCCGACGCGAAGACGUGGCGCGGACGAAAAGACCUUACUUGCAGACAACAGGAAGGUGAGGGAGCUGACGGGAUGGGUUCCGAGUCCCAAUAUUACAGACACAGCGGUCAAUAUACUGAAUCACUGGCGAGAUGAAGUAGCUACGAGAAAUAGGUAAAUACAGAUUUCUUGAGAUGAUCUCAAAAAGAUAGAUGCGUCUGGGGCUGAAAUGGUUACAACUGGCAGUGGCAGGAGUGCUACUCCUCUACAGCAUCGCCUAAUGCAGAUCCCCGUUUGAGAACCCCAUAUUGAACUCAAGUAGACCUGCUCUCAAGCCUAAAUUCCAUAUUAAGCAACCCGAAG